AUGGAGAACGUGAAGCCCACUGUCACCUACCACCUGUUCCUGUAUCGCUCCGAACUGGCCAGGCGGAAUGCCCGACAGCUGCGACUUUCUCGGACAAAAAUCGAGAUCACGGACGAGCUCAUCUCGAAGACGGUGCGAAAUCUGAAGACGUGCAGCAUGGACGACCUGAAGGCGGUGAACCGGGAGCUGCUGUUCAAGCGGAAACUGCGCCACAACGUCUCCAAGCUGAAAAAGGAGGCCAAGAGGCAGUCCGCAGGGGCGGAGCAGAGGCAGGAAUAG